UUUAUAUGUGCUUGUUAAGGUUGAUUAACGAUUUUAUGAUUGUGAUUUAAAUAAUACGACUUUUAUUACUAGUUAAUAAACUAAAUUAUUGGUGCAUAAUGGAUGAACUAGUAGAGCCCUCGACUGGUCAAACAAGGAAAAAGAAAAAAGUCCUGAGAAGUACAAACGAAACAAAUCUAAAUUAGCAAGGUAUAACCAGAAAAAAGUUCAGGUAAUCGUAACAUGUAUCGUAAUGCUAGUUUUGCUAGUCGUGGGAGCCGUAACCGCUGUAAUAAUAUUCCUUCCAAGCAUUACAAGAAACGUCUUUGGACAGAGUCCAAAUAAAGGAGUCGUUGUGUCCAACGUGAAAGAAUGUGCUGCUGUAGGAACUUCCAUUUUAUCAAAAGGAGGAAAUGCUGUUGACAGUGCAAUAGCUACCCUACUCUGUGAAACUGUUUCAAAACCAGAUCUAAGCAAAACAGGAGGGGAUUUUGUAAUGACUUUUUUUAAUAAAAGCACGGGUGAGGUGUUUGUGUUGAAUGCAAGGGAACCACCUCAAAAUUCAACAACUGAAUCUUUGGAGAAUCACAUGGCAUUACAUGGAAUUGCAAAUCAAACCGCAGGAAAAUUAAUAGUACCUGUAGAAAUUCGUGCAUAUUGGACAGCGUACAAAAGAUUAGGUGGGGGAGUGUCUUGGAAAGAAAUCAUUGAUCCCACUAUAGAUUUGUGCUUAUCUGGUAUAGAAAUAUCUGUACAUACAGCUAAACUUAUUAAGCAGUAUAAAGAAAUUAUUUAUAGUGAUCCAGUAUUAAGAGAAACUUUUAUCAAUACGGAAACCAAUGAUACAUAUGUAAAAGGGCAAGUCUUCAGAAGGCCAAAAGUAGCAGAAAUGUUAAAAAUAAUAAGUGAAAAAGAUAUUGAUGUUUUGUUUAACAGUACUUAUUCCAAUGGAUCUGACGUUCAUGAAAAUGGUUUUUUUUAUACUGACGAUGAAGAUAAUUAUGAAUAUAUUUGGCAAAAACAUAUCGAAGUAGAACUUGGAGAUGGUAAAAAACUAAUAACGGCACCUCUUCCUUCUGCAGCUAUUUCCGUUGCGCUUUCCUUAAAAUUUAUAGACAGCUUCCGAAAUCUUACUAAUUUAAAUUUGACCAGCAGUCAAAUUACCUCAAUUUUGCAGGGGGCAUACAAAUCAACAGUUUACAACUAUAUGCAAUCUAAUAAUGUUACUAAUGUCACAGAGGUUCUACAGACUGUUUUAAAGUUAGAGCCCAACAAUUUUAUUAGAACUUGGAUAGCAUAUAGCAGAGUUCCAAAGAUUUCCUCUAUUGAAGCAUCCAGUAUUUUGCCAGAUGAUUACGCAAUUGCCCAUGUAAACGUUCUUUCAGUAAAUGGGGAUGCUGUAUCUGUGACAAGUACAGAUAAUUAUGAAAAAUUAUCGAAAAUGUCGGGUAUCCAAGAUUUAUCUAAAACAACAGGUUUCAGACGAGACAGAUUUUCUAGCACCGAUUUGGAUAACAAUACAACGAACGACUACUCCUCUUUUUAUAAAAAUGACCGUCUGUCGGAGAAAUAUAUAUCCGUUGCGUGUCCCAUAAUAAUACUGGAUAAAGAUAAAACCGUCCUUUUGGUUACUGGAGGGAUUGGAGACAAUACAUUGUUAUCCAAUAUAUUGCAGGUGCUUAACAACUUUAUCUGGCGUAACAUGGACAUAGAAACAGCAAUUUUGGUUGAAAACUCAAACAAUAGCCAACUUGUCCCUCAAAAUGAUUUUGAAGAGGAUAUGUUAAGUGAUAACCUCAAAAACGAAUCCCAGGAAACGAAUGACAAGAUGUUUGUUUCUGAGAUUGGUGAGUUUUCAGCAGUUUCCACUAUAGUUAAUUCCAAGGCUACUGGCGUCAAAGGAGUAUAUGAUAAAACAAGUGGAGGAUCUGUUUCCUAUGUAACCUGAUAACCAUUUUUUCAUUAGUUUCGUGACAUAUACAUAUUUAUUAUUUACAAACAAAACUAGAGCAGUUUCUACAAGAAAGGUUGGAGUAUAUAUCUAAAUAAAUUAGAAAUAAAAGAUGAAAGUUUUUUAA